AUAUACCCCAAUAUUCUUAACUCCCUACUCCACUGCACUCAAUUACCCAAGUUCGGGCAUAGAGCAAAUUGAGAGGAUGCUCUGUUCGGGUCGAGUGUUGGCGGUCUCGCACCAUAUAAACCCGCCAUUUCCGUACAGCUUCCCUCACCGGAGCGCGAGGUUUCGACAUGUAAAGCUCGUGCUCGACUCGAGAUGGCGAUCCAGGGUCGCCGAUCCCGGCUCGUCAUCUUCUUCUUCUUCAUCUUCUUUUAAUGCCUCCAUUGAUUCCGAUCCUACUGAGAAAAAAACCGCCGGAUUCUGUAUAAUAGAAGGGCCGGAAACAGAGCAAGACUUUGUCGCAAUGGAAUUACAGGAGAUCCAGGAUUGUAUUCGGAGUCGUCGGAACAAAAUUUUCUUGCAUAUGGAGGAGGUUCGUAGGCUGAGAAUACAACAGAGAAUUAAAAGUGCAGAACUUGGAAUUUUAAAGGAAGCACAAGAGAAUGAACUUCCUAAUUUUCCAUCAUUCAUUCCAUUUUUGCCUCCUUUGAGUUCAGCAAACCUUAAGCUGUAUUAUGCCACCUGUUUUUCUCUUAUUGCCGGGAUUAUCCUUUUUGGGGGCCUUCUAGCACCCGCUUUGGAGCUUAAAUUGGGGCUCGGAGGCACAUCAUAUGAAGAUUUUAUCCGAAGUGUGCAUCUUCCAUUGCAGUUGAGUCAGGUUGAUCCCAUUGUGGCAUCAUUCUCUGGAGGAGCAGUUGGGGUCAUCUCAGCAUUGAUGGUGGUUGAAAUAAACAAUGUAAAACAGCAGGAGCAUAAAAGAUGCAAAUAUUGUCUUGGAACUGGAUAUCUUUCUUGUGCUCGCUGUUUAAGCAGCGGAGCACUAGUUCUUAUCGAAACAAUAUCAACAACCAAUGGUGGAGAUCAGCCUGUAUCACCAUCUAAAACAGAAAGAUGCUCGAAUUGUUCAGGAUCUGGAAAGGUUAUGUGCCCCACGUGCCUUUGUACCGGAAUGGCUAUGGCUAGUGAACAUGACCCUCGGAUUGAUCCCUUUGACUAAGAACUGCAGCCUGCAUCGUCAUGGGCUGCCUCUCUUGUACCAUACUUGGCAUUCCGACAACACAAUCGUAAAUAUUUCUGUAUAUACAAACAGCUUAAGGAAACACGUGAACAUCUGUGUACCAACGAAUUGUAGUCUCCCAUUGAUGCUCAGAAGCAUCACAGUAACUGUAUUUGUUGAUAACAAAUCUAUUUUUGUAUGUACAAAAAGCGGCGGAGUUCAGCA